CUCAUCAAAGUGCUGUCAAAAUAUUUUGAAUUUGAGGUUCUUGUGUUUUGAGGUUAAAAGGGUGUUUUUUCCGAUGUGAUUGUGCUUCAAAAAGGCGAAAAUGGAAAGUGAAAUGCUGAUAUCUAACUGCUACUGCUCUAUGCGCUCUGUUUUGGCUUUGUUCGGGUACGACGAAAGGGACUGCCAGACAUGGUCGGAAUUGGCCGCAUUAGUGGUUCACAACGACCCCACUUUAAAAACCUACGUGAAACACCACCACCAAAUCGCCACCAGGCAUUAUAAUAGUAUCUUACAUCUUUCAAUCAUCUUCAACAAAAAAAAUGUCUUUGAUUACGUACUGUCCCAAAACGUUAAUAUCAAUUGUAUAAAUUCUUACGGUCAGACACCGUUAGUGUUAGCAGUUAUGGCUGGUUCCGAAUACUUCACAAAGUGCCUGCUUGAAAUGGGGGCUGAUGUACAGCGUGGUGACGAGUUCGGCUGCACCCCUUUACAUGCUGCCGUUGCAGGGCGUAAUCGCCGUAUUUGCACUAUGUUACUGGACAUGGGGGCUGAUGUCAAUUGCAGGAAUUCUGAUGGGAAGACACCUUUGCAUCACGCCUCUGAGCUCGGUUGUGAAGAUGCCAUGUAUGCGUUACUAUAUUAUGGGGCGGACGCUAGGAUAGCAGACAUUCAUAACCAUCUGCCUCUAGAAGGGGCACUACUGUGGUUUGAUAACGAUAGUCAGGAAAUUUUAUUCAAUCAUACUCUAGAUGACGAGAUUACUUUUUCGAUGCGCGUUUUGAUACUCGCCUUGGAAUUCAAUUUGUUUCUCGUUCCUGAUAUUUUGAAGAGACUUGAACGUGAUUACACUAUGACUGAUAGCGACAUCCUUAAAUUCUGGCAAAAUAUUAUUUCGGUUAAACUGGAGUACGCUGUUAUUGUUUUUGAACGAAUGAGGGAAUCAAAUAUUGAUAUUGAGUUGUGGCAAUGGUCGUGGUUAUGGUUUGUGGAAGGCCAGCUGGACCAGCCUGUCACGAAACUAUUAGAAAUUUUAGGCUUUCUUUUAGAAAACGAUUCAAAUUCAUAUUACACAUCAGCCCCUCAUGUGAUAACUUCAGCAUUUUUAUUUUCUGUUCAUAAUGGCGCCUCGUUAUCUCUGGAUGUUCUUCAGAAAGCACUUUUAUUUUUGUUUAGUUACGGCUGUGAACCGUAUUAUAGAGACUUAGUGUACUCCUAUAAAUAUUGGGGGUUUGGUGAUGUAGUUAAAUUUUUACUAACAUUUGAUCUUGUUGUUGAAAAACACCUUGACGUUAUGCCCCUUUUAAUAUACGAUGUGAACGUAACAAUUGAUGAAGCUGUUGCUGGCAAGGAUGAACCACCGGAAGAUUAUGGGCAAAUUUUGAAAUUUUUUGCCGGCUAUAAAGUACGUCGUCUUUUGGAAAGCCCUAAUGUAAAUGCUGAUUAUACUUUACUAGACAAAAUACCAAACGUACCCUCCUUGUUGCAGUUAGCGCGAGAUGAAGCUCGGAAAUAUAUUCUGCGAGAGUUUGAAAUUAAACAUUGUCGCGACUUCUAUGGGUUAAUUCGCAAAAUGCCAAUUAACGGAGUGUACAAAAAAAUAUUAACUUACGAAACCCCAGUUUAUUUUUAUUAAUAAAUUUUUUCUAUUUUUUCUAAUAAAUUACCUGUUUUGUA